CCGCGCGGGGCCAUGUAACCCUGCGGCGCGCUCCGGGCUGCUCCGUCCUCCCCAGCUCCGGCCAGCGCGGCAGCGGGGCCACGAUGAAGAAGCAGUUCAAUCGCAUGCGCCAGCUGGCCAACCAGACGGUGGGCAGGGCAGAAAAGACUGAAGUUCUGAGUGAAGACCUCCUUCAGGUGGAGAAGCGCCUGGAGCUGGUGAAGCAAGUUUCCCAUAGCACCCACAAGAAGCUGACUGCAUGUCUUCAGGGCCAGCAAGGGACGGAAGCUGACAAGCGCUCGAAAAAAUUGCCUCUGACGACACUGGCUCAAUGCUUGAUGGAAGGGUCAGCUAUCCUGGGAGAUGACACACUUCUCGGGAAGAUGCUGAAACUCUGUGGAGAGACCGAGGACAAGCUGGCACAAGAGCUGAUACAUUUCGAACUGCAAAUAGAGAGAGAUGUGAUUGAGCCCCUGUUUUUGCUGGCUGAGGUGGAAAUCCCAAAUAUUCAAAAACAGAGGAAACAUUUAGCAAAGUUGGUGCUGGACAUGGAUUCCUCACGGACAAGGUGGCAGCAGACUUCCAAGUCUUCAGGUUUGUCCAGCAACUUACAGCCUGCGGGUGCCAAAGCUGAUGCCCUCAGGGAAGAAAUGGAGGAGGCUGCCAACAGAGUGGAGAUUUGCAGGGACCAGCUCUCAGCUGACAUGUACAGUUUUGUGGCCAAAGAAAUAGACUAUGCAAACUACUUUCAAAAGCUAAUCGAAGUGCAAGCUGAAUACCACAGGAAGUCACUGACGCUCCUGCAGGCUGUGCUGCCUCAGAUAAAAGCACAACAGGAGGCCUGGGUGGAAAAGCCUUCCUUCGGGAAGCCCCUGGAGGAGCACCUGACCAUCAGUGGCCGGGAGAUUGCCUUCCCCAUCGAGGCGUGUGUGACGAUGCUGCUGGAGUGUGGGAUGCAGGAGGAGGGACUUUUCCGAGUCGCCCCCUCUGCAUCCAAGCUGAAGAAGCUGAAAGCUGCCCUGGACUGCUGUGUGCUGGAUGUGCAGGAGUACUCGGCCGAUCCCCACGCCAUUGCAGGAGCUCUAAAGUCUUACCUCCGAGAAUUGCCGGAACCUCUCAUGACCUUUGAACUGUAUGACGAGUGGAUUCAGGCUUCCAAUAUCCAGGAGCAAGACAAGAGGCUUCAGGCUCUGUGGAAUGCUUGUGAAAAACUACCCAAGGCCAAUCACAACAACAUCCGAUACUUGAUCAAGUUUUUAUCCAAGCUGUCAGAAUAUCAAGAUAUAAACAAGAUGACUCCCAGUAACAUGGCAAUUGUAUUAGGACCCAACCUUCUGUGGCCACAAGCAGAAGGGAACAUCACAGAGAUGAUGACCACAGUUUCGCUGCAGAUCGUUGGGAUCAUUGAACCCAUCAUCCAGCAUGCUGACUGGUUCUUCCCUGGGGAGAUAGAAUUCAACAUUACAGGGAACUACGGGAGUCCCGUACAUGUGAACCAUAAUGCCAACUACAGCUCAAUGCCCUCCCCCGACAUGGACCCCGCUGACCGGCGCCAGCCUGAGCAGGCCCGCCGGCCCCUCAGCGUCGCCACGGAUAACAUGAUGCUGGAGUUUUACAAAAAGGAUGGCCUUAGGAAAAUCCAAAGCAUGGGCGUGAGGGUCAUGGACACAUCCUGGGUGGCCCGAAGAGGCUCCUCGGUUGGCAGGAAAGCAUCAUGUGCCCCACCCUCCAUGCAGCCUCCCGCCCCACCAGCUGAGCUUUCUCCGCUGCCACCAUCCCCGCUUCGCGAGCAGCCUCUGGACAGCCUGGCUGCCCCCUCACUUUCUCCAUCCAGCAUGGGCCUCCAGCCCGGCGCCAUCGAGCGCAGCAGUGCUCCUAAAAGCAAAGAACUUUCUCCAGGGUCUGGGCAGAAAGGAAGUCCAGGCUCCAGCCAGGGGACGCCCUGUGCAGGGGCACAACCAGGGGUACAACCGGGGUCCAGUUCCAGCCAGCCAUCCGCAGACCAGAGUCCUCACACCCUCCGGAAAGUUUCAAAGAAGUUGGCACCAAUUCCACCCAAGGUUCCCUUUGGCCAGCCGGGGGCUAUGACUGAGCAGCCCACCACCGGCCAGCCAUCCCCCGUCAGCCUCUCUCCCACCCCUCCAAGCACCCCAUCGCCCUACGGACUGAAUUACCCACAAGGGUACUCCUUGGCCUCAGGCCAGCUCUCCCCAGCUGCGGCAGCCCCUCCUCUGACCUCUCCUUCUGUCUUUACAAGCACUUUAGCCAAAUCACGGCCCACCCCUAAGCCCCGACAGAGACCCACCCUGCCGCCUCCUCAGCCUCCCACAGGAAGCCUCUCGGCCUCUAGCCCACAGCCUGCGGAGCACCCUAUGCUAGAUGGCAUGUCCCCUGGGGAGAGCAUGUCCACAGAUCUUGUCCACUUUGAUAUCCCCUCUAUCCACGUAGAGCUGGGGUCCUCGCUCCGCCUGAGCCCCCUGGAGCACAUGCGGCGACACUCGGUGACUGAGAAAAGGGACUCGGAGGAGGAGUCUGAGAGCACCGCCCUCUGACACGGCUUUCCCGCCCACCCAACCCGCGUGUACAUACGUGUGCCCAGACGCCCGCUGCCAGGAGCAUCGUGAGCGUGCCGUGUUCUUGGCUCCUUGUUGUCACUGCCAGCGAGAGGUUGGAUUUUCAGUGUGAGCUCCGGCCCAGGUGGUGCAUGGCGGUGGUGCGUAUUUUGUUUGUUCCUUUCAGGUGGUUACCUGGGCCUUUUGUUUGAUCUUUGCCUUUUGACUUUGUGCCUCUUGAUCCACUCUCAGCCUCCAGGCCAAGCAGCACCCGCCUCUCUCCACCCACGGGACUGCUUGUCAGAAAGGCCCCCUGCAGGGCAGGGGUGCUGGGGCGACUGGUUGGUUAGCCGUGGGGGCUGCUGUCUUUCCUUCGACAGCUAAUGGCUAGCCCUGCAGUAUCAGCUUUAUCUGACAGGGGGACUUCCGGACAUCCUGGGGCACCUGGCUUUUCCUCCUGCUUGGCGGGGUGCGGGCACAGCCAGUGACAAAACCUUAUGGCUGCCCUUGGUCAGACGGCUCAAAAGUAAAUUGCUUAAAACCAAGUAUGUGUCACUUCCUAACAGUCUUAUUUAUAUGAGCGGAAGCUCCUUUUAUCCCUAUUGUUUUAUAUUUUUGGAUUUAAAUGAUCCUGAGGCUGUCAGUAGGGCCCAGCCGCCCCUUCCCCACAAAUGUUAGCUCUCUGGCAGGCGCUCUGACCCCCAGAGCUUGCUAGGUGUGUGGGCCCAGAGCCUGGCUCUUCUUUCUGGAGGUUACAAGUGAAUAGCAAUAAUUCUGUUGCCCAGAGCAUGUCGACAAGAGGCAGCCAGCCCAGGGAGCACCAGCAUCCGCCACACAUCUCCUCAUGAAUCCCAGCCAUUAGCAGGAGGGCCCAGAAGGGCACUGCAGAGCCUGUUCACACUUUGGGAUUAAGGGAGUGAGAACCAGAUUUGGGUCAUGCAUGCAAAACCAAGAUUUACAAUUUUGUCCUUUUAAAAUAGAUAUAAUAUACCUAUAUAUGAUAUAAUAUUUGUACAUAUGAAAUCUAUAUUUGUUUAAUUUGAGCCAUUCAAUCUAAACCAGUGUACAGGUAUACAAUGAAAAUUUAAAUGCUUCAUUAUUUUUCCCAACAUGGUGUACAAUCACCCUUCUUGGAUGGGGGGUUUGCACAAUUCCGAUGUCACAGCUUUGCUCACUUCCUGGCAAGGGCGGUUCAGGACCCAAUUUGUAAUGGAGCCCAGGGGUCGAAAGUUACCUUUCAAUACAUGUACAAAUAGCUGUCAAAAGUAAUGUUAUUAAAAUAGAUUGAUCAUCCCUGAGCAUGGCCUAUCUUCUUGUUUCAGUAACACACGUGGGGGGCACAGAUAUAGGUCUCAGGUGCUGCCCCAUGAGGAACCCCAAGAGUCACCAGGGAAGGCAGAGUCCUUGGUCUCACAUCUCUCGCAUCACCUGAGUUUUAAAGCUCUUUCUCCACAAACAAAUACUAGGUAGAUCUUUGAAAAAUAUCUCAGUUUUCAAGCACUUAGUGUUUUUAAACCCCAAAAGGAGCCAGCCAGCCUAAUGCAGGAUUUCUCAGUACUCUCAAGGGCAAACAGUGACUCUCACUGUGGGGUAGGGGAGAGCCAG